AUGUGCUUCACAGUUGUUGCUUUAGGCUGUUUGGGUGACUGUUGGUUGCUCUCUGCGAUGGCAUUAAUAGCGGAAAGGCCGGAUGUUUUGGAGCAUAUUCUACUAACGAAAGAAUAUUCUCAUUUUGGUGUGUAUCAAGUGAGACUUUGCAUCGAUGGGCAGUGGAAGAUAGUUCUGGUAGAUGAUUUCUUCCCUUGUAGAGUUGAAACGAAAUCAAUAGCCUUUGCUGAUGGAAGGAAAAACCAGCUUUGGGUACCACUAAUCGAGAAGGCGUUGGCAAAACAGCUUGGUAGUUACGCUCGAUUACGCGCUGGUAGAACCAUCGAAGGCCUGGCUACUCUGACAGGUGCACCGGUCGAAAUGGUUUCGCUGGAAGACGAUACGGACAAGGAUGUUAGAUGGGCGAGAAUCUUGAGUGCAAGAGAAGCCGGUUUCAUAAUGGGCUGCAGUUGUGGUGCAGGGAAACGACAUGUAGAUCCUAGAGCCUUUGAAAGAAAUGGCUGCUUCGACUUCGAAAUCCAUGGGGCUCGUUUGUGUGGAAUGGAAAAUGGAGUAAUAAAUGGUCAGGUUGGCCCAAAGCAGAAGUUGCUGUCAGGAGAGCCUUCAACAGGAACUUUCUGGAUAAGCUAUGACGAUUUUCUCAGCCAUUUUGAUGCAAUCGAUAUUGCGAAGAUAAGAUGGUAUCAAGGCUGGAGAGAGCUGCGCAUUCCGAUGCAGUUUGGUGGGGAUUUCGUUGACUCCGACAGAGCCGUUCGUAUGCUGAUUGAAGAGCCAACUGAAGUUUGUUUCACGUUGUUUCAAACUGGAGCUCGCAGGGCGCAAGAUCUGGUAGAUAUACUCGUGUGCUUACAUGUGGUGUCUCCGGCUGGCACUAUUGGAGAGCUUGCUUAUCGGUCUGCUCGUAAAUUGGAGCCUUUUGUUAGCACAGGCGACGUUUUCCUACGCCCGGGACACUACGUUGUUAUUUGUCAUAGCUUCUCAACGUUAGGGACGAGAAAAAUUCAAGGCAAUCUGGCGAUUCACAGUUCUAAGCCGAUCUUCGCUGACAUGCUUCCAUGUCCGGCAUCCAUGUUUACUGACUCCUUAGUGCAACUGGUUUUGAAGGAGGGAAGAAUUCACAAGUCCCUGCCAGGAGUGUUCCCUCGAUAUGUCAACGAAAACUUUUCGGGACUACUGCUGAUGAUAGAUAAUGUUCUGGAGGAUAUGUGGGUCCAUGCGAUGGUACAGUGUUCAAACUCUACUAAUUUGCUUUCCUCUCGUGGUGCACUAGAUGUCGCUGAUUCCAUUCCUCCACUCAGUCGUCAGGUAUUUGACUUUCUUUUAUGA